AUGCAGGAGGGGCUGAACGCGUCGCCCGAGCUCCACGCUGAGAGCGACGAGCAGAGAUCGGCAAACGAGUGCGCCACUGAGGCGGACCCGAAUGCGCGGGACCGAAUCGACUCGCUCGAGAUUUUCGAGCUGAUACGCGGGAUCAAGGACCCGGAGCACCCGCACACACUCGAGCAGCUCAACGUGGCGCAGCGGCGGCUCAUCGACGUAGACGACGAGGGAGGGCGUGUCGUGGUCCGCUUCACGCCGACGAUACCGCACUGCUCCAUGGCGACGCUCAUCGGCCUCUGCUUGCGCGUCAAGCUGCUGCGCUCGCUCCCGCCGCGCCUCAAGGUGGACAUCCUCAUCUCGCCCGGCGCGCACGCUUCGGAGGAGGCGAUCAACAAGCAGCUCAACGAUAAGGAGAGGGUGGCCGCCGCACUGGAGAAUGACAACCUGCUCGGCGUCGUGAACCAGUGCUUGCUGAACGCGUAG